AUGUACAACCCCAACAAGGGCGCUGUCUCCGUUUUGGAGUGUCUCCUUUGUCCCCCCGGGAAGUUCUGCGAAGCCGCGGGUUUGGAGUCUCCUUCGGGAGACUGCGAAAAAGGGUUUUACUGUUUGCAGGGCGCUCGCUACAAAAGCGAGGUUCUCAGCGAGUGCAUUUUUGAGUUUGGGGUUUUGGGAAAGGGGACAGAGUGUGCCUCUGAAGGAGACCCUUUUGCUUCCAAAGAAGAAGCUGCUGCUGCCUGUCUCCUUUUGGAGGACUGCGUGGGCAUUGAGGAGACACAAAUCCCCAAGCAGCAGCAGCAGCAGCAGCAGCAGCAGCAGCAGCAGCAGCAGCAGCAGCAAGACGGGCAGCAGGACGAAGGGGAUGCGGAGCAGCCAGACGCGCCCCAGGAGACAGACGAAGAGCCAGAAAUGGAGACUGUCUACUACGUCAGGUGCGGGUACCUGUACACCGGAGAAGACUCUGCGAGCGCCUCCUCCACCCGCGCCCGCGCCCGCAGCAGCAGCAGCAGCAGCAGCAGCAGCAGCAGCAGCAGCAGCAGCAGCAGCAGCAGGUUUUUCGCGAAACUUUGCGUGGAGGCGGGGCUGUGUCCCCCGGGGGCCUUCUGUCCCGCGGGGACAGCAGAGCCGCAAAAGUGUCUCCCGGGGAAGUUCUGCGGGGCUGCGGGGCAGCAGCAGGAGACAGGAGACUGUCUCCGCGGCUUUUUUUGUCCCCGCGGAGCAACAGCAGCAGCAGCAGCAGCAGCAAAAUGUCCCCCCGGCUCCUACUGUCCCCAAGCAGCAGCAAAAACCAUUUCCUGCCCCAUCGGCACUUAUCUCCCCGCAGAAGGAGCUUGGGAAGAAGACCAGUGCCAAAAAUGUCCCCCCGGUUAUUUCUGCGCCCUUCCCGGCAUAACAGAGCCUUCGGGAAAAUGCACAUCAGCACAAGCACCAACAUCAACAGCAGCAACACCAUUACCAGCAGCAUCAUCAUCAUCAGCAGCAGCAGCAGCAGCAUUAUCAGCAGCAGCAGCACCACCACCACCAGCAGCAGCAGCAACACCAUUACCACAGCAUUAUCAGCAGCAGCAGCAGCAGCAACAUUAUCAGCAGCAGCAGCACCACCACCACCACCAGCAGCAGCACCACCACCACUACCACAGCAUUAUCGCAGCAGCAGCACCACCACCACCACCAGCACCACAGCAUUAUCAGCAGCAGCAGCAGCAGCAGCAGCAGCAGCAGCAGCGUGUGCGCGCAGGGUUUUACUGUCCCGCGGGGAGUUCGUCUCCGGCGGAGGAGACACUUGUGUGUCCGAAGGGACACUUUUGUCCCGAAGGGACAGGAGACCCUUUGCCAUGUGCUGCUGGCACUUACCAGCCGCAGCAAGGCGCCACCAGCUGCCUCCCCUGCCCCGAAGACGACGACCCCAAGACCCUCUGCCCCCAAGGUGCUGCUGCUGCUGCUGCUGCUGCUGCUGCUGCUGCUGCUGCUGCUGUGGAUGCUGCUGUGGAUGCUGCUGUGGAUGCUGCUGUGGGUGCUGCUGUGGGUGCUGCUGUGGGUGCUGCUGCUGCUGCUGUGGGUGCUGCUGCUGCUGUGGACGCUGCUGCUGCUGCUGCUGUGGAUGCUGCUGCUGCUGUGGAUGCUGCUGCUGCUGGUGUGGAGGCUGUGGAUCCGGUGGUGGACACAAUAGCUGGGACUGGGGAGACUGGCGCUGCUGGCGACGGGGGUUUAGCAGCAGCAGCAACUUUUAAUUUGCUGCUUGCUGCUGCUGUUAGUGCAGCACGAGAUGAGCUGAUUGUGACUGACGCAGCAGAAGGCAGAGUCGCCUCAAUCAACCUCUCUUCAGGUAUUCUCACGGAUAUCUACAAAGGGACUGGAGAGCCUGCAGGCGUUGCUGUCUCCUCCGAUGGCCAAACCGCUUACGUCACCUUUGCCACGGAGGGGACAGUGCGCGCGCUGUCUCUGGCCACAAAAGGAGACACUUCUGUACUGCUGCAAGUGGUGGAGGGAAAGGCGGAAGAAAUAGAAAUAAAAGAAAGUUCCAAAACAACUUUAAAAGAUGAAAAUAUAAAAUACAAAUUGGGAACCAUUGAGGCUCUCGUCUACACAGAAAUCCAGGGU